GGUGGCCUGUAACCGGCGGGCGGGUCCACGUCGGCGUUGGUUGGUUGGAAUCCUGUGGUUGGUUUGGCUGCCUGCCGUUUCUUCUCGCCUCGCCAACUUUCCCUUGUCCACUUUGGUUCCUUCUUCUUCCAUUCCAUUGUGUUGAUGAGUUGAGUUGGCUCAUCUCAUCGUCGCCGUCCUUGAAUUGCCGCCUCCCAUCCCACGAAUUCCGCCCCUCCCACCCUCCUGAGAUCUCUCUCUCUCCCCCACCUCCGUAUUUAGGUAGGCGGCGGGCGCAUCACGUUCUAUUGCCCCCUCCUGCCCGCCGCCGCCGCCGCACAGCCGGCGAUCGAGCGGAAUUCCCAUUCCUUUCCGCCCGGUUUCCGGCGCUGCCGCCCCCCUCUUACCAUCCCGGGGGGGCCCAGAGGCCAGGAGCUGUCGCCGGAGGAUUUCAAUUUUUCGGAGCCAUUUGAUGCUAAUGCCACACCACCACUCCUGCUAAAGCUGCCCUCAUUAUGAACUCGCUGGACAAUGAGUAGCAAUUGCACAUUGCUGAUUUCCAUCUCCUGCGGUUACAUUCGUACACGACAGCAUGGGAAAACUUGCAGCUGUUGUUCGCAGUGUACUUAGAUUAACAAAUGAAAGCAUGAGGAUUGUUAUGGUAACAAUUAUUGGAGUGCUCUUGGGCUUCUUCAUUGGAAUUUCAUUCCCAUCAGUCAGCAUAACAAAGCUUCACUUUCCUUCUAGCUUUGUAUCAUACAUAGAAGACAGAAACUCUGGGCUCACAACACAAGCUUUGCUUAAUCACGCCUGGACUUCCGCCCGAAAUGCAAGGGAAAACAGUUCUGAACCAAGUUCAAACACUACUUUGAAGAUUUAUGUCCCAACGAACCCCAAGGGUGCAGAGAGACUAGCACCAGCUAUUGUUGUGCCAGAAACUGACUUCCAUUUGCGCAGGUUAUGGGGAGAACCAAGUGAGGACCUGCCCUUCAAACCAAAGUACCUUGUUACUUUCACUGUUGGAUAUGCACAGAAAGAAAAUAUCAACAGAGCAGUGAAGAAGUUCUCUGACAAUUUUGCUAUUCUGUUGUUCCAUUAUGAUGGUCGGGUGAGUGAGUGGGACGAGUUUGAGUGGUCGAAACGAGCCAUCCAUAUAAGUGCCAGGAAACAAACUAAGUGGUGGUAUGCCAAAAGAUUCCUGCAUCCUGAUAUUGUGGCAGCUUAUGAGUACAUAUUCAUCUGGGAUGAGGACCUUGGGGUGGAGCAUUUCAAUGCGGAGGAAUACAUCAAACUUGUCAAGAAAUACCAUCUGGAGAUCUCUCAACCUGGUUUAGAGCCUGAUCGGGGAUUGACAUGGCAGAUGACAAAAAGAAGAGGUGACCGCGAGGUCCACAAGGUUACAGAGGAGAGGCCGGGCUGGUGUUCUGACCCUCAUCUUCCGCCUUGUGCUGCCUUUGUUGAAAUAAUGGCUCCAGUCUUCUCUAGAGAUGCAUGGAGAUGUGUAUGGCAUAUGAUUCAGAAUGACUUGGUUCAUGGAUGGGGCCUUGAUUUUGCUCUCAGGAAAUGCGUGGAGCCUGCUCACGAAAAGAUUGGGGUUGUUGAUUCACAGUGGAUUGUUCACCAAGUGGUUCCAUCUCUCGGGAACCAGGGCAAGUCAGAGAAUGGAAGACCAGCAUGGGAAGGGGUGAGGGCGCGGUGCAGGAAGGAAUGGGGGAUGUUUCAGACGAGAAUGGCGGAGGCGGAGAAGGCGUACUACAAGAUGAUGGGCAUCACCCCUCCGAACUCCACACUGGUGUAGAUCUAAGCUAGGCUGAUUCUUCAUCUUCAUCUUCACUCCCAUCUCUGCCUCUGUCUGAAUGACGAGGAUUCUGAUGUGUUUUACCUGCUGUACAGACAGUUCUGAUGAACUGAUGAGUGUGUAGGUAGGUGGUCAGAUAGAGUGUGGAUUGGAUGGUGAUGAUUGUAGAGCAUACAUUUACACAUGAGGGAGGGAGGGCCAUCGAUCAUGAGGAGGGUGUUAUACAUACCAUCUAUAAAAUCGAUUAUUUUGUGUUUUUGUGGUGGUAA